CAUCUGGUGAUGUUGGUGGUGCCAGGCAGAACAGUCGAUAAAGCCAGACAGUGGUCAAUGCCACCAGCCAAAGUGGCAUUUCACCAUCGCAAUCAGUCCGUUGCCAGGUGUUGAUGGAUUGGGUGGCUGAUGAUUGUCCCCAGUAAUCUAUGCCGAUAGCACCGCCUCUGCUCUGGUCUGGUCUGCUCUGCUCAUAUCUGGUCACUCUUGAUCGUGGCCGCAUCCGGCCGCUCUUGACUGAAUCCUCGCUGGGAUGCCUGGUCGUUUCUCAGACCCCUUGAUUGUCUUUCUGCUUCACCCGAUCGCAGCGAUCCUGUCCGUGGUGCUGCUCUGUGCGCCAUCGCUCAUCAACUCUUGCCGGCUCCCGUUCCACCCUGCUUGCAUCGCCGUGGCCAUAUCGCCGUGGCCAUAUCGCCGUGUUCAUAUCGCCGUGUUCAUAUCCCGCUUCACAACAUGCACAAGCACCCCCCUCCUCUGCACCGCACCACAAGCACAGAGGCACACGGUGUAUUCUCGAUCCACAUUGCGCACCCAUCGACGACCAA